CUGUGUAGUUGCCAAUGUGAAAGAUGGCGGACCGGCUGACUCAGUUGCAGGAUGCGCUGAAUUCGCUCGCCGAUCAGUUCUGCAAUGCCAUCGGUGUGCUGCAACAGUGCGCCCCUCCUGCAUCAUUCAACAACAUCCAGACGACCAUUAACAAGGAUCAGCCACCCAACCCCACAGAAGAGUACGCCCAGCUGUUUGCAGCUCUCAUUGCCCGGACAGCAAAAGACAUUGAUGUUCUAAUUGAUUCCCUGCCCAGUGAGGAAUCCACAGCUGCAUUACAGGCUGCCAGUCUGUAUCAGCUAGAAGAGGAGAACCAUGCUGCCGCAGCUCGUCUGGAGGAGGUGGUCUACCGAGGGGACAUGUUGCUGGAAAAGAUCCAAUCUGCCCUGGCUGAUAUUGCUCAGUCCCAGCUGAAGACCAGGAGCUGCAUCCUCCCUCAGCCACUUACAGAGAGCUAACACUAGAGGGCAGUGUUCCUCCUUCCUCCUGAGAACUGAUCCUAGACGAU